AUGUGCCGAGGCAGCGAGGCAGCGGAGAGCCCCAACGCCACCGCCUCCCCAACGCCACCGCCUCCCCAACGCCACCGCCUCCCCAACGCCACCGCCUCCCCAACGCCACCGCCUCCCCAACGCCACCGCCUCCCCAACGCCACCGCCUCCCCAACGCCACCGCCUCCCCAACGCCACCGCCUCCACAACGCCACCGCCUCCCCAACGCCACCGCCUCCCCAACGCCACCGCCUCCCCAACGCCACCGCCUCCACAACGCCACCGCCUCCACAACGCCACCGCCUCCCCAACGCCACCGCCUCCCCAACGCCACCGCCUCCCCAACGCCACCGCCUCCCCAACGCCACCGCCUCCCCAACGCCACCGCCUCCCCAACGCCACCGCCUCCACAACGCCACCGCCUCCACAACGCCACCGCCUCCCCAACGCCACCGCCUCCCCAACGCCACCGCCUCCCCAACGCCACCGCCUCCCCAACGCCACCGCCUCCCCAACGCCACCGCCUCCACAACGCCACCGCCUCCACAACGCCACCGCCUCCCCAACGCCACCGCCUCCACAACGCCACCGCCUCCCCAACGCCACCGCCUCCCCAACGCCACCGCCUCCCCAACGCCACCGCCUCCACAACGCCACCGCCUCCACAACGCCACCGCCUCCCCAACGCCACCGCCUCCCCAACGCCACCGCCUCCCCAACGCCACCGCCUCCACAACGCCACCGCCUCCACAACGCCACCGCCUCCACAACGCCACCGCCUCCCCAACGCCACCGCCUCCCCAACGCCACCGCCUCCCCAACGCCACCGCCUCCCCAACGCCACCGCCUCCCCAACGCCACCGCCUCCACAACGCCACCGCCUCCACAACGCCACCGCCUCCCCAACGCCACCGCCUCCCCAACGCCACCGCCUCCCCAACGCCACCGCCUCCACAACGCCACCGCCUCCACAACGCCACCGCCUCCCCAACGCCACCGCCUCCCCAACGCCACCGCCUCCCCAACGCCACCGCCUCCCCAACGCCACCGCCUCCCCAACGCCACCGCCUCCACAACGCCACCGCCUCCACAACGCCACCGCCUCCCCAACGCCACCGCCUCCACAACGCCACCGCCUCCCCAACGCCACCGCCUCCCCAACGCCACCGCCUCCCCAACGCCACCGCCUCCACAACGCCACCGCCUCCACAACGCCACCGCCUCCCCAACGCCACCGCCUCCCCAACGCCACCGCCUCCACAACGCCACCGCCUCCACAACGCCACCGCCUCCCCAACGCCACCGCCUCCCCAACGCCACCGCCUCCCCAACGCCACCGCCUCCACAACGCCACCGCCUCCACAACGCCACCGCCUCCACAACGCCACCGCCUCCCCAACGCCACCGCCUCCCCAACGCCACCGCCUCCCCAACGCCACCGCCUCCCCAACGCCACCGCCUCCCCAACGCCACCGCCUCCACAACGCCACCGCCUCCACAACGCCACCGCCUCCCCAACGCCACCGCCUCCCCAACGCCACCGCCUCCCCAACGCCACCGCCUCCACAACGCCACCGCCUCCACAACGCCACCGCCUCCCCAACGCCACCGCCUCCCCAACGCCACCGCCUCCCCAACGCCACCGCCUCCCCAACGCCACCGCCUCCCCAACGCCACCGCCUCCACAACGCCACCGCCUCCACAACGCCACCGCCUCCCCAACGCCACCGCCUCCACAACGCCACCGCCUCCCCAACGCCACCGCCUCCCCAACGCCACCGCCUCCCCAACGCCACCGCCUCCACAACGCCACCGCCUCCACAACGCCACCGCCUCCCCCAACGCCACCGCCUCCACAACGCCACCGCCUCCCCAACGCCACCGCCUCCCCAACGCCACCGCCUCCCCAACGCCACCGCCUCCACAACGCCACCGCCUCCACAACGCCACCGCCUCCCCAACGCCACCGCCUCCCCAACGCCACCGCCUCCCCAACGCCACCGCCUCCACAACGCCACCGCCUCCACAACGCCACCGCCUCCCCAACGCCACCGCCUCCCCAACGCCACCGCCUCCCCAACGCCACCGCCUCCCCAACGCCACCGCCUCCCCAACGCCACCGCCUCCCCAACGCCACCGCCUCCACAACGCCACCGCCUCCACAACGCCACCGCCUCCCCAACGCCACCGCCUCCCCAACGCCACCGCCUCCCCAACGCCACCGCCUCCCACAACGCCACCGCCUCCACAACGCCACCGCCUCCACAACGCCACCGCCUCCCCAACGCCACCGCCUCCCCAACGCCACCGCCUCCCCAACGCCACCGCCUCCCCAACGCCACCGCCUCCCCAACGCCACCGCCUCCACAACGCCACCGCCUCCACAACGCCACCGCCUCCCCAACGCCACCGCCUCCACAACGCCACCGCCUCCCACAACGCCACCGCCUCCACAACGCCACCGCCUCCACAACGCCACCGCGGCCGGUUCAAGACGGUUAG